AUGGCCGCACUCUCCUGCUACCAGCCCUGCCGGUCACAUCUUGCGCAGCCGGCCAGGUGUCUAGACGAUGAUGAGGUAGACCAUUCGACUCUCACGCUCCGUCGACGCCAGUUCAUCGAGAGAUGCCACGAUGCGCGAACCGGGCGUCAUCGGGAUUUCAUACCUGAGGUGUCAGUCAAGCGGACCAGGGAGGAACUGGCCAAGUAUGCGGCGCAGGCAGCACCCGCGAGACGCCUAAAUGUGGAGUCGGGCUGGUCGAAGGUCGAGGAAGUUAGGAAAAAGUUUGAGGGCGCCGCGGCAGCAGCGUCGUAUUCGCGCUCGUUUGAGUCGCCUCCCAGACGUAGGCUAGCGGACUCACUGUUUGCGAGUUUCAAGUUGCCGCGCAAGAAAGAGAUGGCGACACCUCGCUCGCUCGCGCCACAGCCGCAGCAGAAGCGCAAAUCUGCUGUAGAGCUGUUAGCGGAGACCAAAGCGUUUUAUGUCAAGUCGGAGACAGUGCUGGAUAGGAAGCAGGAGCUACCAUUGAGGGUGAGCAGUGGUUUGAGUCAGGCGAUAGCAGCCGGGGGGUGUCACCUAGUCAGUUCCGGGACCCUCAAUAAUGACGCCUGUUGCAACCCAUAUGCUACGACGAGAAUCAGCAGCCGACGGGCUGUUAGUGCUGGAGAAGGACUUCAGAACACCCUCAGACGGUUACUGGAACACGCUGAUAGUAGAGAGAAUGUCUAUUCCCCGCCAUAUGUUUCUCAAAAACCCUUUACGGAAAUGCGCCGCCUCAAAGACCCCUACACGGAGAGAGACCUGCCUCGUUCUCAGCAUACAUCCGGGACAUUUUCUGGUACCUCAUCAUCAGGGACAUCUGGCUCUAAACACAAAGAGGAGAAGCGGCCCCUCAGCUUUGGAGACGCGAGGGUGUUCUUCCCGGAAUCCUUUGUGAUACCGCGACAGCGGGCCAGCGAAGUUGUCAUCAAGAAUGCCUACUCCAUACCAAGCCCGCAGUCAAGCCCCCAAAACCAUAUGGAGGAGUUGUCCCCUACUGGGGAACAGUUGGACACCAUCAGCCCCCCAGCUGAGUACGCACAUUCGGCACCUAGAUACACCAGAUCCAAUUCUCACUCUCAGCCUAGCGUUCGUGAAGAAGAUGGCAACACUAAUAUUAAUAGUCAUAAGUCGUUGCCAGAUCUACAUGCGCAGGCGCACGGAUAUCCUGAACAUGUAAACGUUGUGGUCGGAACGGAAUCCAUUGGUCGAUCUCCGAGACGUAGACGGCAAUCGGCACACCAUAGAACUGCUUCGUGCUCAUCUAAAGGCACCAGAUCUAAUCAUUCGUCUCUAAUAUCAUCGUGCGAUGCCUUCUCGGAACAUCCUUCUCCAGGCGAAGAGAACUAUCAAUCUUAUAACAGCCGUUGUGGUUCCUCUUUCGCCCGUGAUUCCGGCGGAUCGAGUGGACAUUAUACACAACGCAGCGCGCCUCCGCACACCAGAGACAAUAUCUCUACGCAUUAUGAGCGGCCUAGUCGCUACUCUUGUUCCCGUGCGCAUGAGUCACUGGAGCAAUGCUACGUAUCUGCACCUCCCCAAUUCCAAGAUGGCGCCCCUUCACCGCCGCACCACGCGCUACCUCCCACUCCGAUGUAUUCGCAGCAUCCGCGUGUCGGGAUACACUUUCAGGCGAAUGCCACCUCCACCUACAGUUCCAUAGACGAGUCUGCUAAUAAAUAUCAAGAAACCAAUACGGAGGUAGUUAGCAAACAGCCUCAGUAUCAAGAGGUGCGCAUGCGACCACGAAUAGAUGACACGCAGGAGUAUGUUAAUGCACCGCCACAGGUUUGUCAAGCGGAGGAGGUGACGUCACCUCUAGGAACAUUCAAGAGACAGAGAUGUCUACGCUAUAAGCAGCGACGGCCUAGACCGAUAUUGCGAUCCAAGUCCGAUAUAUCUGACAGAUACAGACGAACUGACGGGAGGGGCCCUGCGUCUGCCCCCUGCGAGGCCGAAGACUCGCCCGGUAGUCCAUCAGAAGAGUCCGCGAGACUACAACUGUUCUUCGACCGACUGGGACUAGAGUCUCGCACGUACGACGCGAUCAUAAGGGACGAAGACCCUGACAGUCCGGUGUUCUUCUCCUCCGCUUCCACUGUGGACUCCAACCAACUAGCCACGACUGACUACACAGUUCAAGGUCCUCCCGGCGUUCAAAAGCAGAUCUAUCGAAACACUGAACCGCCGAGCGUCGUUGAGAGGAACGCGAGGAUUAUCAAAUGGCUAUGUCAGUGUCGCAAAGUACAAAUGCAGCCGCCUCAAUAA